UGGUUGUUAUUACAAUGUCUACCUCGAACCAAUUAGCUCAUCUUCGUACACGUGUGCUUUACUGAAAGCGUCUAACUCGAUAUCUGAGUGAAAAAAAAGUGCGCGAAACAUGGCGUUUAGGCACCUUGGUUUUAUCACAACUUGAAUAUAUGAUCGAAGUUAGGACUGGGGGCAUCACCGUGCCGUACCAAGAGCGGAAAGGGCACAGCCGAAUGGAGAGGGCAGCUCCACCGUCGAGUGGCGCAGUACGCUCGCUCUUCCCCUCGCCUCGACUGGCGCUGCAUGACGAAGAGCAAGCUUCGUUCGUUCUUCGUCGAAGUCGUCCUUGAGCAUGGAAUGUCCUGGUCAGCUCAGCCUAUAAAUGCAGUCUGUCUCGCUGUAUGAGCCAGACGUAGCUCACUCCCCGAGUCCGGACUUAACACCAUGAACGCCUUCGUUGUCGUCUUCUCCGCUGUGGUGGCCUGCGCGUCGGCCGGCUUCCUCGGUCUCGGAGGCCUCGGUGGCGGUGGCGGUGGCGGUGGCGGCCUGGGCGGCUUCGGCGGCGGUUCCGGCCUGGGCGGCCUCGGUGGUGGCGCCGGCUACGGCGGCCUCGGUGGUGGUGGUGGUGGUGGCGGCUUCGGUGGUGCCGGUCUCGGAGGUGGCAUCACUCACCUAGGCACCGCUCUCGGCGCCGCGUCCGCGCAACCCGUGGCCACCCUUGGAUUGGUCAAGCAGCCAGUCAUCAACUACGGUCUGGUGGCCAAGCCCGUCGUCAGCUACGUCGCCCAGCCCGUGGCACAGAUUUCUCACGCUGUCAAGCCAUUCAUCAGCUACCACGGUGGAGCCGGAGGUCUCGGUGGCGGUCUUGGGGGUCUGGGUGGAGCCCCCGGUGGUGGCGGCCAUGGAGGAGCUGGACUCGGAGGAGCCGGUUUUGGCGGCCUCGGCGGUCUCGGACUCAAGGGUCUGAAGAUUUGGUAGAAAGAAGAGUCUGCAACUGGACGCAACAUUACAAGACCUCUUAGUACAAUGUGCACGUGCAGUUCCAGUAUCAUCAGCCUCGGUAUCGGAAACACACAGACGAAAUUUACGGCACUGCACUGAGAAUGCUUUGCCGCACGGGACUGAACGCUCAUUUGUAAUAUACGGCAACAUGAAAUAAAACUCAC